AUGACACAGCUGCAGGCUCCAGGAAAAGGACCCACAUCAAGUAAAAGCAAAGAUGACCUUGUGGUAGCAGAAGUAGAAAUCAAUGAUGUGCCCCUCACAUGCCGAAACCUGUUGACAAGGGGACAGACACAGGAUGAGAUAAGUCGGUUGAGUGGAGCAGCUGUCUCUACUCGAGGGAGGUUCAUGACUUCAGAGGAGAAAGCAAAAGUAGGACCUGGAGAUCGUCCCUUGUAUCUCCAUGUCCAAGGGCAGACACGGGAGCUAGUUGAUAGAGCUGUAAACCGAAUUAAAGAGAUAAUUACUAAUGGAGUAGUGAAAGCUGCCACUGGUUCCAGCCCAACGUUCAAUGGAGCUACAGUUACUGUUUAUCAUCAGCCUGCCCCCAUCACCCAGUUGUCUCCAGCUGUUGGUCAGAAACCUUCAUUCCAGUCAGGGAUGCAUUAUGUUCAGGACAAAUUAUUUGUUGGUCUGGAACAUGCUGUACCUACAUUUAAUGUGAAGGAAAAGGUGGAAGGGCCUGGGUGCUCCUACUUGCAACAUAUUCAGAUUGAGACUGGUGCCAAGGUCUUCCUACGUGGGAAGGGCUCAGGCUGUAUAGAGCCAGCAUCAGGCCGAGAAGCCUUUGAACCGAUGUACAUUUAUAUCAGUCACCCAAAACCAGAAGGUCUGGCAGCUGCCAAAAAGCUAUGUGAGAACCUAUUACAGACUGUUCAUGCUGAAUACUCUCGAUUUGUGAAUCAGAUAGCUACUGCAGUACCUUUAGCAGGUUUCACGCAACCUGCUGCUAUAAAUAAUGUACCUCCUCAGCCAUCAUACUAUCCAUCAAAUGGCUACCAAUCUGGUUACCCUGUUGUUCCCCCUCCUCAACAGCCAGUUCAGCCACCUUAUGGUGUACCCGGCAUAGUACCACCUGCCGUGCCACUGGCACCUGGAGUGUUGACAUUACCCACAGGAGUUCCACCUGUACCCACACAAUACCCAAUUUCUCAAGUACAGCCUCCAGCCAGUACUGGCCAGAGUCCCCUGAGCACUCCUUUUCUUCCUGCUGCCCCAGUGAAAACAACCUUGCCAGCUGGUACACAGCCACAAGUCCAACCACAACCCCAAGGCCAAAAGAGGCGUUUCACUGAGGAGCUACCAGAUGAGAGAGAGUCGGGACUGCUGGGAUACCAGCAUGGACCCAUUCAUAUGACUAAUUUAGGUACAGGCUUCUCUGGUCAGAGUGAAAUUGAUGGAGCAGGAUCGAAGCCAGCAAGUUCCUCAGGAAAGGAGAGAGAGAGGGACAGGCAGUUGAUGCCUCCACCAGCUUUUCCAGUGACCGGCAUGAAAAUAGAAUCCGAAGAAAGAAAUGGCGCAGGGUCUUUACCGGGCAGCCAUGAUCAUCCAGCCAAGAAGAUGAAAACUGCAGAAAAGGGAUUUGGAUUGGUGGCUUAUACUGGGGACUCAUCAGAUGAAGAAGAAGAACAUGGUGCCCAUAAAAAUGCAAGUACUUUUUCACAGGGAUGGAGUUUGGGGUACCAGUAUCCUUCUUCACAGCAGCGAGCAAAACAACAGAUGCCAUUUUGGAUGGCACCAUAGAAGCAACAGAAGUUUUUUGUAUCCCUCGGUUACAUCUUUUUUUUUUUUUUCUCUAGCAAUAAUGCAUGUAUAUUACAAAAUGAACUUUGCGAAUAUACAUUAUUCUUACCUUAGCAGAAGCUAAUGGUGCAGUAUUCCCUUUUGAAAGGGGUUCUCUUAUUUUUAAACUCUUUAUUUCUGCAGUGGAUUUGGCAUCUAUGAAAAGUUUGUUUGAAAUUGCAUCCUUAAUGGAGCACAAUAUCUCUCAUAUGCAGUAAGGGAAAGUGCUCACAGAGUAAGAACAAGGAGGUCUCUUCCCCUGGCAUUUCCCAUGUGCCCAGGAAAGCCUCAGAAAUGGAGAGAGCCAGGCAGGCUGACUUCAAUUUUUCUGUUUGUACUAACUGAUUUUUCUUGCUGUCGCCCUGUGUUUGCAGUCCCAUCGAGUUAGUGAUGAUAACAGAAUGUAAUGUUUCAAUCUUUCAGAGGUGAAAGGAGCACCUGUACAUUAAAAUUUCGUUUUAAGGAUCA